UUGUGGCCACGCCUUUUCUUCUUCUUUUUCUUCUUCUUUCGGAUCAUUAAGCUUGGCUGUUGGGAUAUUCUCUACGUGAAGAAAGAGAUUAUUUUUUGCAUUCGUCAUGACGCCUCCCGAGCGCCCGCGCGGCCAGGAGCAUAUCCCGGACUACCCAAAGGCCUGGAUAUGGAUGCGCGUAUUCCAGAUCGUCACCAGUCUCGUCGUUCUCUUCCUCUCCAUCCAUGCCUUGGAAGAAUUCCACGUCCCGACCGGCCUUCAGGUCGUCAUGAUUGUCAUAUCUGCUUCCACCGUUGGCGUCUCUAUCCUGCUCAUCAUCGCCCAAUUCGCUUCUCCCCGAAUCUUCAGAUACUGGACGCCUCUCAUUUCUGACUGCGCAGUCUUUGUUGCCUGGGCCGUCUCUGCUCCGCUCUUGAUUGAACAGGUAUCUGAUCUCGUGGCCAAGCGAGGCACUGUCCAUGGGAGUGGCCAUAAUCCUGUUGGGCACCGACAUGAUGGCUCGAAUCCCAUCCCGACGAACCACGUCGAUACCCUUUAUGCUAUAGGCGCUAUGGGAUGUCUAGAGAUUGGUCUCUUCUUUUUGUCCUGGGUCGUUGACUCCAUUGUCAUUGACCGCCACCGCAAAGCUGGCCUCCCUUGCAAGCCACUCAAAAAAAGGGGUUCCAUCGCCGAGGUAUCCCAAACCAGAUCAAUGAAAGUUUCGCCCCCCAUGAAGCCUCGAACCAAGAAACCACGUAGGGGGUUGAGCGCAAUAUUCGGCUUCGGGUCAGACGGUGGUGCGGGAGGAGGCGGAGGAGGAUACGAUGGUGGAUGUGAUGGCGGCUGAUGUGGUUGAUCAUCUCGCUACUGGUGAGACACGCGGGUUGUUCAUGGCGUCGAAUAAGCAAAUGGCUGAUUAAUAGGGUUCCAAAGCUCCAAAUUGGCAUUCGGGUGAGCUGAGAUUGAGACGAUCAAGCAGUAUGGGCACCUACUUACACAUACUAAGCUUCACGUACUCUGUCAUCUAGCAUUUUUAGUAAAAGCAAAUUAACUGAUU